CCGCAUCGUCGUGGACCGGUUGGUCGGUAAGAAGGGCCACUUUGCGGGCUGGGCAAGGGGACGGGCAGUCGGCCACCAACUCAUCGUCCAACCCGUCCGCCCCCAUCCAAUGAUUGAUUUUCGGUAUAGGCUCGUCGAAAAUCCAGUGCCUGAGGUUAAGGCAUCAACGGUCCGUCCUCGGCCGCGGUAUACCUGCCAGGUCCGUCCACGUCGUCUCCGUGUUGCUGGAAAACUGUUCGUCGUCCAAGGUGCCUCUCGAAUGUCUCACCAGACUACCGGGACCAACAAGGCGAUCUGGGGGAUACCGACCCACUGGCAGCGAGUUGGACCAAGCCAAGAAGCCAACAGCGACUGGUACUGAGCCACUCGUGGGUGGACGAAGAAGCGGAUUGGCCCCCAACUGAGCUCAUGGAACUACCUAUGUACACAGUGCCCUCCGCUGCCUUCUCGGCACCUCAGUAAC